GAUAGCCUAAUUAAUAAACUUAUUUUAGCACAUUUGUAUUAGCAAUAUUUCUUUAUACAUACUACAUUUAACAUUCAUUUGGUCUUAAAUAUUUCAUAAAAAUUAUUUAAGAAUAAAAGCAACACUGUAUAUUCCAAUAGCGUUUUACUGAAAAGGUUUGUGUCCCGCGUGAAUAUUUUUAUAUCGUCAGAGAAGCUGAUUUAUAAUUAUAAAUAAAAUUGUGUAAAAUGCCUAAAACUAAGAAAAGAAGUAGCAGUUCAACUAGCAGUGAUUCAGGACCCGACGAUAGAAAUGCACUACCGGUGAAAAAGCCCAAAGCCACUGCUGAGAAAGCCAAUACCGAUAAAACUGGUAGUGGUACCAGCAAUAGUUCAGGGAAUCCAAAUGGUCCUUGGACAAUUGAAAAAAUGCGCCAGGUGCGUAUAAACGAGUUUAAAGGGCACAAAAUGGUCGAUAUUCGCGAAUUUUACGAAAAAAAUGGUGAAGUCUUGCCUGGUAAAAAAGGAAUAUCCUUAUUUCCCCAUCAAUGGAAAAAAUUGCUGGAGCUAGCUCCCGAGGUCAAUAAAGCAUUGGGAGAAUAAGUUAAGAAGAGAAACCAAUAAAAUUAUAUUUAUUCUUUUUAUAUGUAUAUGUAUAAAAUAAUAUAAACGAAUUUAGUAGAAAA